AUGAGUAAUGAAAACACUUUAGAAAAGAGAACUGCGAUCACCAAUGAUAUUGAGUCGGCAGCAAAGAAACAUUGCUCUUCAGCAGCUUCUGCAUUCACAGCAGUUGGAUUUAAUUCCAUGUAUCAGUCCCAUGAAUGCAUUGCUCAUAUGGGUAACGCAUUUCAGCAAGGCCAAUCCACCACUUAUCCAUUGGUCAGCGACAAACCAUCUGCUCAAGUAUAUGCUAAUCCAUUUCGAGCAGUAACACUCUCCUCCAUCUUUUGUCCAGCAUUUCUUUCAAAAGUUCGCUCUGCCCUUCUCGCCCAACCUUUUGAACUUAAAUCCAACGAUCUUUAUCAUUUUUAUCAAUCCAAUGAUUUGAAAACCACAUCUGAUCCAGUGCUAGCUACACUACGAGAUACUAUCUAUUCACUACCGUUUGUAAAAUUUAUCGAGGAAAUCACUGGAAUGAAACUGAGCAAAACCGUUGAUUUGAGUGGUCAUCGAUAUCCUGAAAACGGAUAUCUGUUGUGUCACGAUGACGCUAUUGGAAGUGUUGAGGAUGGAAGACGAAUUGCAUUUAUUAUUUACUUGGUAGAAGAGGAUUGGUGUGCUGAUGAUGGGGGUAUGCUACAACUGUUUGAUUGUGAUGAUCAGGGAAAUCCGUCACGGAUUGUCAGUUCAAUCGUGCCGCAAUGGAACUCUAUGGCAUUUUUCGAGGUAUUGCCUACUUCGCAUCAUGAGGUACAACAAGUCUUUUGCGCUCGCGAUCGAGUAUCUAUCAGUGGAUGGUUUCAUGGUCCUCCACAAACCAUCCCAAAGGCACCCACAUCUGACAUGUUGUCCACUCAUCCAGCUCUUAAAAAGUGGUUGAAUCCAACCUAUCUUGUUGAUAAAAACAUGGCUGCCAUUCAGUCUCGCAUGGCACACGAAUCGACUGUAGAACUUCAACAAUUUCUCAACCCUGAUCAAUACAUGCUACUAAAAAAUGCAUUGGAUCAAGCUUCUUUCGACUGUAUUCUUGGACCGGCCAAUAUACAACGCGUGAGAGUGUUGGGCGACACGGAAGUGCCUGCACCAGAAUAUAUUCAACUGAUUGACGAGUUUAAAGGACUGCUUAAAUCAAACGUCUUUUCCGUGUAUUUAGAAUCUAUAAGCGGAUUAGAGUUGAAACGAGCUCCUGCAACAGCCUCGUUAAGAUGUUUUGGACCUGGUGACUACACACUUAUGCACGAUGGAGGUCAGGAACCACUUGGAUUAGAUGUUGUUUUUUCCUGUCCAGUUGGUGAGGAACAUGUUGAAUGGAACGAUACUGUGUGGAGUGGUGGUAUGCAUUACGUUUUUGAAAAAGAAACCUUGUUAUCCUUGUUCCCAAAAGAAAAUACUUUAUUUUUAGUCUAUAGAGAUCAAGGUACCAUGCGAUUUGUGAAAAUGCUCACUGCCAAGUGCGAGAAACUUCGUCGUGAAGUGUCUUUGGUAUAUGAAGAGCAUAAAUAA